GGGUGAAAUUUUGUUGGUGUCACGCGUCAUUCGGUAAACGAAAAAAAUGAGGUAGGGUUGCAUACCUCAUUAGUUUUAAUUCGGAUGUAGUCUAUAUACAUAUUAUGUACGAUAACUUUUUUUUUUAAGUCUUGCAUAAUUUAAAUAUCAAAUUAUAAGAAUAUUCCAAAUAGAUAUUAAAUUACAAUACAUAUUUUAUAAUUUUUUGCAUUAAGUAAAUAUUCUGAAGGAUCACCAAUAUAUUCCAAUAAUAUGUGCAAUUAAAAUAUUCUCUUCACGGCAAACCCUAAAUCGUAUAUUUGAUGCAUACCUGUACUUCGAAACGCCAUUUUGAAGCGUAUAUUGUUUCGCAAUUACUGUUUGACUAUUUUCGCCGCAUUUUACGUUGCUUAUAAAAUAAUAUUGUGCAUUUUAUCUACAUAUAUUUUUAUGAAACUAAUAAUAUAAGUUAUGUGUUAUCAUCUAUAUAACAAGUUAUACCAUAGAAAAUACAUAGUAUGUGAAACUGUGUAAUGUGUAUUUUGUGUUCAUUUUGAUGAAUGGGCUUUGGUUUCUACAAGAACUAUGCAACUAUAAAAUAAAAUGGAAAUAGUAAUCAGAGUAUGUGAAUUUCUUGAAUGGAAGUUUAAGCCCACUAUAAAAACAAUAUACGAAAAUGGCUGAUAAUUUCCAAUUAUUAUCCAAGAGUAUUCGCAGAUUGUUUGUCAGUAUGGACUUAUACAUUUUUUGCUUAAUUUGGCGCAAUAUUUAACUACAAAACGAUUCAAUAUAUAAUGUUUGUUAUGUUCAACGUGACUUUGUUCCUUGUGCACAAAAGCAUUUGCUGUUAAGGAAUUACUUACCACAUAUUUUUAUUAAAUCAAAGCCACAAUUCUAAAAAUAUAAAAAUAUAAGAUAUAUCACGUGUAUGUGACAUACAUAUAUGUGCAUAUACAUAUAGUGGUUAUGCAUAAGAAAGCAGCAUUGUUCACUUUUGAUAUUUAAUGCAAUUUAUUCAUAAUAUGUAAUAACAAACCAUAUAUAAUAUAGAAGUCAGAGGAAUCGGAAGAUUUUCUAACAUCUCAUUUCGAGCAUGUUUUAAUAAUGUAAAAUUGAAGUACAGAAAGAAUUUUACAAUUCUUUGUAAAUAAAUUAAAUUAAUCUUAAACUUACGCAUUUUUUUUUCGUUUUCUAAUUUCCAUUAAAAAAAUACAUUUUACUUGAAAUUUUGCUUAUCUCUUCAUUUAUUUUAAUUGAUCGGCUGUAAUGUCUAAAUACAUUUGUACAUGUACCAUUGGAUUUACUCCAAUUUAUUUUACGUAGUAGUAUUAUUGGAGAAUUGUCCGUAAUUUGCUUUAAAACGUUGAAUGUAUUUGUACUUGUGAUUUCUUUUUUCCCAUAAAGUACGUAAAGUAAGGGAAUUAAUAUUGCUUUAUAGUUUUACCCCCCGAGAAUUAUGCAGAUCGUGUUAAAGCUAAGUCUGAGUAAGGUUCAACCACCGCAAUGCAAAAUUGUUUUUGUUGUUGUUGUAGCGACAAAAAUGCAGAAUUGGUCAAUUGAUUUAAAGUAUCAAAAUUUGGACUCUCCAUAAAAUGCAAAAAUUUUCGUGUUAUAAGGUGAUAAUACCAUUUAAACAAAUAAUUAUGUAACAUAAAUGUUAAUUAAAUUAUAAAGAUUACACAACUUAUGAAACAUAACUAAUAUUUUUUAUGAAUGUUUAAGUUCAUUUAGUGAAUUUUAAUUUGAAUUAGCUGGCUUUUUGAAACAGCUGCUCCUAUACAAUGAAGUUUUCAAAUAGUAAACUUUACUGUGAUGAUAUUGAAAACAGUAAAUAUAUACAUAUGUAUAUUUUCAUAUAGAAAUGUAUGUAUAUACAUAUAUUAUCAGAUUACAUACAUAAACAAAUGUCAAGCUUGCGAAACUUAUAUGAGAACAAAUAAAAAUAUGUGUUGGGUAUAAAACCACAAUUAUUAACUUCCUAUUUUUUUAAACCAUAUUUAUUCAAUUGUUUUUUUUUGUCAUAAUUGUCAAAAAUUCUAUUUCAAUGUGGGCAGUCAAAGUUGCGAUAAAAAUUAUUCCUCACAUAAUGCCGAACCCUGCACCAACAUCUUAUCGGGCAAUACAGGGCUUCGCUUGUUAUUUAUGUUCAGUGCUGCUGUUUACUUUGUAUAUAUUUUGGGUUCUUGCGCCGUUGAAGCAGCUGGGGUUUCAAAAUUGUCCAUACAAAUAUUUAGCAUUAUGCAUGAUCAAUGUGGUGUCGUAUCUUUUGGUUAUGAUUUAUUAUGUUUUUUAUCCUGCAAUUAAUUUGGCAAUGACCCCGAACGUCGAUGAAAUAUCGGCAAUUAUAGACGUAAAACUAUUAACACGUGGCAAUGAAUUGGAAGAUGUAAUUAAUUGGAACACAAUAAAACAUUUGGAAAAUGUGCAACGACGACAAUCUAAGGAAAUAUCGUUAGAAAACAAAAUUAUGGAAAACUGUCGUUGCUGUAAGGAAGCGCAACACGAGGUGAAUGUGAAGACAACAAUACCUACGCUGUAUCACAUCGACUUGGCUGAAAUUAAUCGUUUAGUAUAUGAUUAGCUUCUAAUUAAAAAAUGUCAGUAGUCGUAGAAUAAACAUACAUAUGUUUUUGGUUAUGUACGUACAUAUGUACAUACUCGUACAUAUAAAAUUCGUAAUAAAUAAUAGGAAAAAAGAGUUUUGAAUUUGAAACUAA